UGCGCGUACAAUUUCAGGUCCACGGAUCUUCACGGAUCAGUCAGGCAUCGUACGAAGAAAUCGAGUUGCAUCCUCGAGUAGGAGGAGGAGGGCGAGAAAUUAACGCGAGUUCGAAGGAAAGGACGAAGGAGGAGAGGAGUUUGCAGCUCAGUCCGCUCGGCCGGCGAUCGGUUCUCUGCGGGGGCAUCACCGGCGACACGGUGAAAUAGUGGAGGCUCGAGAGUGGAGGAGCGCACGACCUCGGCCGAGUGGGGAAGAGAUGGGUGGCACCUGGACAGCCGGUCUCGAGGGACCAGGCAGCGUAGGAUUGGCGGAGAGACAGGGGCCAGCCGGGGCCCAUUGGCAGGCCGGGGCACAGGCGUGUAUCGAGGGGCAGGUACGAAUGGCCCCUACCAACGGGGGAAAAUCGGUUCCCGUCGGUGAACCCGUGGCUCUCCUUAGGCGCCUUCGAUGCAGUCGAACAGGUCGCAGCGAUCGCGAAGCGCCAGUCCUCUCCCGUCCAUCGACGUGGCCGCACCGUGGAUCGUGGAUGUUCGAGAGAGACAGAAAGAGGGAGACGAGAACAGAGGGAGAGACACGGGGGAGAGAAAAAGGGGAAAAAAAAAAUCGGGGACGGCCGGGGAAGGAGGGACGGAGAAGAGAGACGAUUGGAGAGAAGGAGGCGCGGUGAGUAGAGGAGCCACGCGAGUACGAGCGUGGAUCAUCCGGAGCAGAGUUACUCGGGUGAAGCUCAGUCGAAGGAUUUGCAUCGAGGGGAACGGGUGCUUGAUUGAGUCGGUCGCGUGCCUUCUUUUUGAGAAAAGAAGAGGAGAGACAGAGAGAGAGAGAGAGAGAGAGAGAGAGGAGGGGAAAAAAAGAAAAAAGGAAGAGAAAGAUAAAAAAAAGGUGUAAAUCGAUCGCGUGACAUCGCGCUGAAAAGACGUUGAAGGAAAACGAGGCCGAGCAUCAGCAGCUAGGAUUUUGGAGAGAGAUUUUGUACGUGUGUGCACGUUGUAGUGUGCGGGUGUCACCACGAGCCACCGCCACGUGACCGACCAGAGAAACAUUGGGAACAUUUAUUUUUUUUUUCCGGGCAGUGUGUGUCGUUCAAGAAGAAUCCAACGAUUCGUGAAGAUUUCUUCGACUGUCGAGGAGGAAGGUUAUGGUGUGUAACGUGUGAAAGAGGACUUGGACAAUUAGAUAAUAUAUAUAUAUAUAUAUAUAUAUAGAUAUAUAUAUAUAUAUACAUACACACAUAGAGGAGAAAAGUUAUUUUUUUUGUUCGUUUGUACAGUGAACCGAGAUACCGGUUAGCCUGCUCGCAGUGUUAUCAUCUGACCUCUAAGGCAAUAUAAUAAUAUAAGGAAGAUUGAUGAUGAGGAGAGAUCUUGUUCAGCAGGGGCUUCUUAAUGAAAUCUACGUAAUAUGGUUUUAGAGGAGGAUAAGCCUCGUUAAACCGUGCAACCUUUAGAUGACAUAAUAUACUGCAGCUUUUAGCGCUCGGUGAUCGUCAGGUGCAUCGUAUUUUAUAUCAUCAAGGUAUAAUAUAAAUAAUCUCUUACAUAACCGUUCCGCUCCUCGCCUCUUAUUCUUGACGCAUCAUCCCGGCAUCGAGACGCGUUAUGUCUCGUGGUAAUAAAACGGUGAUAAUUCUUUUUCUUUCGAAAGGAGAGGAUUAACCGAUUUCGAUAUUGCAUAGAAAGAAAAUAAUAUAAAAUAAGAAAAUAAAGAAAAAAUCUCACCAUCCGUCCAAGCGACGAGUAUAUAUCGUAUUCCAAGGGAACGACGACUUCCGGUAAAAAUGAUUCCAAGAUUCUCCUUCGAAGAAAGAGGAGACAUGGCGAAUAGGUCAUUGUCGUGGUGAAAAGAGAAACAUGGAAAAGGGAAAGAAAAAAGGAAAAAAAGAAAGGGAGAGAGAGACACCUAUAUCGUUGUCUGUUCCUUCGUGGACGGGGAAAGGAAAAGAGGAUGGUCUCGGCUCAUCAGCAAGCGGAAUGAAAGAAAGAGCGGGCGUCAAACAACUGCGUCGAGGAAAAAACUUGGAAACCUUAACGAACCCAUGAACCAGCAAUGCAAGGUCUGCGGCGAGCCGGCGGCCGGUUUUCAUUUCGGGGCGUUCACGUGCGAGGGUUGCAAGUCUUUCUUUGGGAGAACCUACAAUAACUUAGGCAGUAUAUCCGAGUGCAAGAACGGGGGAGUGUGCGUGAUAAACAAGAAGAACCGUACGGCGUGCAAGGCGUGUCGCCUUCGAAAAUGUCUGAUGGUCGGGAUGUCGAAAUCUGGGUCGCGGUACGGCCGUCGUUCGAACUGGUUCAAGAUCCAUUGCCUUCUCCAGGAGCAGACGAACGGGAAUCAGAGCGUGACCUCGGGCGGUGCAUCCCCGUUCGGGCCGGGUUUCCUGCCGGGAUUCCUGCCCCAGGCACCUGGCCAGCAGAGCAGCGGGAUUUACGGGAAAGACGGGAAGGAUCGCGCCUCGCCCAGUCAAGAGGACCUGGCUCUUCAAUCCCACUUGUUGCACGUGGCGAUGCUGAAGCAGGAACGGGACAGAGGAAACAAGUCGCCCCAUCCGGAUGACGUUGCGCUGCAGAAUCAGCUUCGCCUGUUGGCGUGGCAGAAAGAACGGGAGAGGGUGGGCGGCAAUCAACAGCCGCCCGGAACACCGCCCAGAGAUACCCUAACGCCACCGUUCUACAAACAGCAGCAGCAACCCCAACACCCCGUCUCCCCGAUAUUGCCAAUGAAUUUCACGCAAAAGGACGGCGUCCCCACCAGCCCGUCGGACGUGUUCCGGCCUUUCCUGCCCACCUACAAGAGGACGGCCGACACCCCGAGCGACAGCGGGGCGUCGUCCGUCGAAGGGGGCGACGGCCAGGACACCGAGUCGAGGAGUAACUCGGCGUUGAGCUACUUCAAGGCGAGCACCUCGUCGCCCACGUUGUCGGAACGCGAUUUCCCGGCGAAGAAGAUCAACGCCACCGUCACGUUAACGACAGGAUUCCAUCCUCAUUCCAGCCUCAGCCUGAUAUACCCACCACCUGGCCUGAUCACGCCUGCCGCGUCCCAACUCUCCCCCCGGGGCGGGGAUCUCCUUCUGGUCAGCCCGAGCCCUGGCGGCCUCGCCGUUGAACAGGACGAGCCGAUAGAUCUGAGCGUGAGAUCGACGCGGAGCUCGCCGAAACCGAGCCAAUCGGCCGAGGAAGACAACAGGUCGAACGAAAUUGAGCGCGAUCGUGACAGCCCCGCGAAGGAGGAGACAACGACGAAGAGCAAGCCGUUGGAUCUGACGUUGGGGGUGAAGAGGCCUGCGGAGUUGCCUAUAUCGUUGUGAGCUUUGGGGGGCGAUCUUCACGAAGGUUCACCAUGGGCUGGUCCCAGAACAACUCAACUCGGCGCGCAUCCGAACGGUGUUGGCGAAUUGCCUCGUUCGAUGCCGAUCGAAUCGUUCAAUCGAUGAGCAAAGUCGAAGUAAAAAAAAAGGAGGGAGGGGGGAGGGGAAGAAGAGAACACGUGCAAAGAAAGGAAGAAGAGACGUCGAGGGAGGGAAAAUCGUGGAGGGAAAAAGAGAUCCAUCGCGAAAAUGUGUUCAAAAAAAAAACUUGUACAUAUACGUAGUUGACAUCGAUCCGAUUCGGAAGACGAGAGAAUUAAUUUAUUAUUGUGACCGAAUUAAUUAUAUACGUGGAUUCAGCAUCUUUCUUCUUUAAUCCUUCGCUUCGAUACGUUGGACGUUUGUGUCCCAUUGUGCUCAGACGCGGGAAGAAAGAAGCGGGAGAACGGAAACAGCUAGGCGAAGUAAAUCCUUGUAUAAAAAGGUAGAAAAAAGAAAAAAAAAGAAAAGAAAAAAAAGAAACCAUAAAGUCGCGGAUAUAUCGGCCAGUAGUGGAGUGCCUUAAUAUAAUAUAUUUAUAUUCCUGAAUAUCGUAUAUUGUAUAUGUAUAUUGUAUACUUGGAAUGGACCGCUUUAGAAUCAUUUUAUUUUUUUAUUGUUAAGCACGAUCCGCAUCGUGGAUUUAUUAGUCAUUCAUCAUCGUACAGCGAAAUGUAUGUAUAAUAUCGCGCGGUGAGCGCGGUGAAGUCGAUCAGUGAUCAAAUCACGACGAUAUAGGCCAGUUAAUAAAAUUGUGCGAGAGAGAGAGAGAGAGAGAGAGAGAGAGAGAGAGAAGAGGAAAAAGAUGCGCGUGUAAGUUAAGAGGGGGGAGGAGGGGAGGAUUGCGAAUAAAAAAAAAAUAUCGCUUCUAUGCUUCCGCUUGGAUCUCUCGACUGGCGUUAAUUGGCCAACGUUUUUAUCCAUUGCUCUACUCUUUCAAGAAUUCUUUAUAUCAGAUUUAUUUUUUUUUUUUUUUUCUUUUUUUUUCCCCUUUCCUUUUCUGUACAUAAUAGCAUGUAAGAGGUGAAGCGCACGAGCGGCCAGUAACCAAACAUAAUGCGAAAUUAAAAUAUUUUUGUUUUAUCUAUUACAAACAAGCUUCUGUGUAGUUUCUUCUAAAAAAAAGAAAAAAAACCUUUCUCUUCCUUCGUCACCUGUUUCGACGAAAUAUAGAGGAAAUAUAGAGUUGUUUUUCUCUGUGUAA